AUGGUCAGCCAAGCACCCAAGGUCCCUGUAUGUGCCACGUGCGGGGAAGAGGGUCAUGCCAGAAGCAACACCCCAAAGUGCCGUUUCUAUAAGCCACUCUGGAGCUCUACCUUGCCUGGCUGUGGCCCAAACGAGCAAGUCAAGGCCGAGUACUCGAUCAUCAAGUGCACUCUCGAUGCCAUCAUCAAGAACGACACCUUGCACGACAAGAUCGAGGAGACUGUUCGGGCCAUGACACACGUGCAGUACGAAGCAUCUCGUCUCCUGGAGCUGCAUCUCAGGCGAUGCUUGGACGAGGGUAUCAUCCUCCCCACUGUGUCGUCGAGUGAACCCGCGUUUGUUCGAAAGUGCUUCAAUAUGGUGCAUACCGGAGCUACAGAUGUCAAGAAAGGCACGACCCAAGAAGACAGGCACCUCCUCGAGACCUAUGAGAUGCAACUGCGAGACCCACGUUCUCGAUCGAUACUGGUCCCUUCUACGCCGAUUCUGCAAUCUGGUCCUGGUUGCUCCCAAGGAUGUGAAACGGCACACACACGUCGACGAUU